AUGAGCUCUCCAUCUGCUGAAUGCGUCAAAAAUUUGUUAAGACCUAGCAAAACGGUUAGUAACUUAGACCGUUACUACUAUUGCUUUACAUGGGCGUUGCUAGUAGUAUCAAUUGUUCUAUUUGGGGCCCAAUGGUAUCGUGGUUCUCAAGGAUUUAGAUGCAUCAGGAAUGAGGAUAGUGGGGUAAGUUUACAAACUAAUUUAUUGGUGUCAAUUACUUUAUCAUUAUUUUAACCUUUUUUAACGUUUAUUUAGGAAUUCUGUUACGGUUCUAGAAUAUAUCAACAACCUGUGAAUUUUUCUUACGAUGCUAUUGAAGAGAAACACUUAGAUUUACCAGCUUUACGGAAUAAACGAAUAUUUGGUCAUGAAUAUGAACCGCUGUUCAUUGGAUUUGUUGUGAUGACAUUAGUGCGUUUCAUUGCUGGAUUUUUUAUAAGAAUUGGUUAGUAUUUCAUUUAUAUUAUGUAAAUAUUUUAAUACCUCAAUACUUAACUGUAAUGUAUGUUUAGUGGAAUGGAAACACGACUUUUACCUAGCUUGCAACAAAGCGGGGCAGAUGGAAGAGCUGCUGGAGAAUAUAAAGGCAUACAAAGUGAAACACAGUAAAUCGUGGUUCACAUUGGACAUUUACUUUCUUUUACACAUUUUGAGUAUGGUGAUUAAAGUUGUUGGUUUUGUUUUGGUAACUGUAAUCGCCACAAUAUAUGUGACAGGAGAUUGGAAAGUAAAUUAUGUCGAACUGUUUAAAUUUACAGAGACAGUAACUUACAGCCAAAGAUGGUUCGGUAAUGUACGUUAUUUUUAUCUUUGUUUUCAAGUUACUUUUAUAUAAUUUAAAAGAAAAAACUUGUUUUAAGUUGUAUUUCAAUUUUUUAGGACGUCCUUUGUGUGACAAGGUAUGGCCCUGAAAUUUUAGAAAAUUGUUUCGCUUACCCGUGUGUUUACAAAGACAUAGAGUUGACUGUUAUGGUAUACCACGUUCUACUUUUUUUGUGUCUUAUUGGAGCUUGCUUGUCCAUCUUCUCAUUGAUUUCAUCACUUUACGACCUUGUGCGAGCUUUUUCAAUUACUGCCAAACUUCCUGAAUAUCCAGAAGAUUCCGACAUUGAGAUUCUAAUGUACAAGUGGAACGACCUUGACUUAUGGUACAUUCUGUACAGCGCCAGAAAAGACUAUGAAACUUAUUUUGAAUUAGUCUCAUUGUACUGUGACAUGUACAACAAAACUGUAUAUCCCCAGAACAAACUCGACUUUGUUUAG